AUGACUAAUGACAUAGUAGAUGCAGCGGUGAGUCAAUCACCUCUGUCUUAUUUGUUAACAAAUAUCGCAAGAAUUCAUUUUGGGGAAGUUGCAUCGCAGAUUAUAUCUAUAUUGAUUUCAUGUGGUAGACUUAGUGCUAAAGAAAUAAGCUUUAAGUUGAAGACCCCGUUAAGAGAUAUAAAGAAAGGUUUAGUUUCACUAAUACAGUUCAACUGCAUUACAUAUUGGGAAGAAAAGAAUAUAUUUUACUACCUAAAUGAAUCAGGAUUAGUAGUACUCUCGAGAUGUGGGAUUAUAGUAGAACAAAUAAAACAUGAAUACGGAGAGAAUGAGGCUAACAUAGUUUUGCAUGUCUUACAGAAUGGACACAUUAAAGCUGGUGACCUUCAAGAAAAGUCACAACAAAUCAUAUUGAGUAAGUUGUAUGAGGAUGGAUGGUUGAAAAGGUUGCAGAAAUUUAACUACUUUCCACUCGGUGAUCUUUGGCAUAAAAUUUACGAAGGUGUGCUAAAGGACAUGCCUAGAAGUUCUACUGUUUCUGAAAUUAAGAGGGUUACGGAGGCUAAGGAAAGGGCUAAAGUUCAAUUGACAGAACUCUUGGAGGCAGGAACUAAAGAUACUGAUAUCUUUACUGUGGAAAAUGGAUAUAGGCAGUUAAAGCCGACAAUUACCAUAGCCUUUAAUUUGUCCAGAUUCGAGAAACACAUAAGAUCAAGGGAGUUGGUCAAUUUAUGUAGAUCACGAAUCGGGACGUUGACGUCUUUAAUUUACGAGAAUGCAUUAAAACUAAUAGAAAAGAACUCGCCAGAUUCAAGACAUCCAUUUAAAGAUCUUGAUGGAUUAAUAAAUGACCCUGAACAAGAAAGAGUUUUCCUGAACUCGAUAGAAAACCAGUUAGUGGAUGAUGGGAAGACUGUGUUCACUAUAAAACAACUUACCAAGCACAUACCAGACGGUCUCGAUUUAACAAAUUCUAUUUUGACUAAUACCUUCUCAAAGCCGUUUCCAAAAAAGAGACCGAUUAAUACAGAAGAAGGGCCAUCAGCCAAAAAAGUGAAAUUAGAAGGGGAGAUUCCUGAAAUUGACUUUGGGCACCAUACAGCAAAUAGUGUCAAUAUCAAUGGCAAUGGCAUUGAGUCUGCUAAACAGCGCUUAGUCGAAGAGCACCUCAAGCUCUUGACGUCGGCUUCAGAAUUAAAGUUCUUGAUCGAAAUAUCUCCUGGAAGAUAUACUGUACCUUAUAAGGUAUUGAGCGAAAAGCUCAAAAAAUUCAAUUAUGAGACCCUUAUCAAAAGGACUUUAGGUGCCGAUGCCUUCAGGAUCUUACGUUGUUUAAAGUCAAUGAAAUUGGUUGAUGAGAGGACGCUUGCAAACGGAACCCUCCUCAGAGAGAAGAAUGUUCGAUCAGAGCUCUAUAAACUACUUGUACUAGACGUCGUUGAAAUUCAAGAAGUACCAAGAAGUGCUGAUCGUGCAGCUUCCAAAGCAUUCUAUUUAUAUAGACACAAAGAAGCUCCUUCUUAUAAAUUCCUCCGUGAAUCACUCUUGUUUUCCAUGGCCGAGAUAUUGACUAACAUCCGAAACUUGAAAGAAGACCACAAAAUUCUCCUUCAAAAAUGUGAGAGAGAGGAUGUUAAGGGUAAUGAAGAAGAACUCUUGAUAGAGUCUGAAUUAAAAACUUUAAAGCAGUUGAGACAAAGAGAAGUUAACGAUAUUGGAAAGUUCAACAGAAUUGAUAUAUUAUAUUCUUUAUUCAAUCUUCCCUAA